AUGUCUCUCACUCUCUCUUCCGUUACUAUUUCUACCUUUUCCAAGGGUCUCUCCACACUUGUUCAUAUUCUCCAAAAGGCCGAAGAAUAUGCUGCAUCACAGGGCCUCGACGCCAAUGCCGAGUACAUCAAUGCCAGGCUCAUCGAUGACAUGCUCCCCCUGACCUUUCAAGUUCAGAAUGUUACCAACACUGUCCGCAAAACCCUCACCCGCUCCCAAGGGAAGGCUGAUGAGCCUUGGGAAGAUGGAGAGAAGACAUUUGCCGAUUUGUAUGCCCGCAUUGAGAAGGCGAGGCAGGUUAUCAAGGAGGCCGAUGCUGCUGCUAUUGACGCCAAAGCCGAUGAAACUGUCGAUCUUGCUUUGGGGCCAACAACCAUCAAGAUUGUCAGCAGAGACUCAGUCCUCAACCAGGGAAUCCCCAACUUCUUCUUCCAUCUCAACACGGCGUAUGCCAUUCUCAGGAGCAAAGGCGUUCCAGUUGGCAAAAGAGACUAUAUUGGAAGCUUCUUGGCUUAA